AUGAAGGAGACUCGGUGGGCGAUUCUGGCAGCAGCAGCCCUUGUUGCUGUCGUUGCGGGGAGGCGCAUACAAAUCAAGAAGCAACAAGGAUCGUUACCACCAGGACCUCGAUCGUUACCGCUGAUCGGAAACGUGUUGGAUAUGAACUGGCAGCAGCCCUGGGUAACAUUCGCAGACUGGUCAAGGGAGCAUGGUGAUCUCGUCUAUUCUCGCUUGUUUGGUCUGGGUAUCGUCACGCUACACUCCGAGAAGUCCAUUCGGGACCUGCUGGACAAGCGUUCCUACAAGUACUCGGACAGAGUCGCUCUUGUUACCGUCGAACCUUAUGGAACUGAAUUCAACACGCCCACCAUCCGAUAUGGCGAUACGUGGCGCUUUCACAGACGAUUGUACCACCAGGUAUUCCAUCAGGAAGCUGCGACCGUCUACCGGCCGAUGCAAACACGUAAGGCGCAUGAAUUGAUGGUCAACCUUCUGUCGCACCCCUCGGAGUUCCAUGAACAUAUGCACGCGUUCGGAGCUGCAGUCGUCAUGUCCGCAGUGUAUGACUACGACGUGAAGCCAAAUGACCCCAUCAUACGCACUGUGAUUGAGGCGGUGGAGAAGAUGGUUGGAGCACCCGAGAAAUCAGCGUUGGUCGCUGCAUUCCCGUUCCUCAAAUAUGUCCCGCCAUCUCUGCCUGGCGGUAACUUCAACGCCGCAAUAUGUCGAGAGUACUGCAAGAAGAUGAUUGAGGAGCCAUAUCAGUACAUGAUCAGGAAGAUGCAAGCAGACGAAGGCAUGACUUCCAUGGGCGCUGACUGUCUCCGACGCUUUGGUGAGGAAGGCGAUGUCGAGCAGAUGAUUAAAGACGCGUGCGGAACGGCGUUCUCUGCUGGUUCAGAUACGACGGCUUCAGUGUUGAUUGUGUUUAUCCUCGCCAUGACACUCUACCCAGACAUCCAAGCUCGCGCCCAGAAGGAGGUUGACGCCGUCGUUGGCGACGACCGUCUCCCGACGUACGAAGACCGGGAUUCUCUGCCCUUCCUCGACGCUCUUAUCCGAGAGACGCUUCGUUGGGGGCCUGUCACACCUCUUGCUGUCUGGCACGCAACCUCCGAGGACGACAUCUACAAUGGCUACUUCAUUCCAAAGGGCACCGCCAUCGUCGCCAACGUCUGGGCACUCUCCCGCGAUCCCAUAAAAUACCCCUCGCCUGAGACAUUCAACCCUGACCGGUUCCUCACCCCCACGGGCGAGCUCACUGAGGAUGAGUUCCGCUACCCAUUCGGCUUCGGCCGUCGCAUCUGCCCAGGCAUGCACUUAGCCGACGCGUCGCUGUGGAUUGCAGUUGCGUCGAUGCUGUCGCUGUUCAACUUCGCCAAGACCAAGGACGCGCAGGGGCGGGACGUCGAGCCGAAUGCGACGUGGACGUCGGGGGUCGUCAUUGCACCGAAAGCGUUCCCGUGCAGCGUCACUCCACGGAAUCCUUCGAUUACCCGGGUGAAGCUCGAUGAGCUCAUCAAGGAGGCUCAACAUUGA